AUGUUAAAGAAGGUGUUGAUGAGUGAAUUUGAGAUAACUGAUCUAGGAAAGAUGACAUAUUUACUAGGGAUGAAGUUUAUGUACUCUAAGAAGGGUGUCAUUUUGCAUCAGUUGAAAUAUGAACAUGAGCUUCUGAAGAGAUUUGAGUUGUUAAAUUGUAAGGUUGAUGUCACACCGUCAGAAACAAAUCACAAAUUGGAUUCUGAUUCUAAAGGUGAUGAUGUAGAUGACACAACUUUGAAGCAGUUGGUUGGCUCUCUGAGGUAUUUAUGUAAUGUCAGACCUGAUAUUUGCUAUACAGUUAGAAUGGUUAGUAGCUUCAUGAGUAAGCCAAAGUGGUCUCAUUAUCAAGUUGUUUUCAGUAUUCUGAGGUAUAUUAAGGGGACUCUGAAGUAUGGAGUUUUAUUCUCUUCUGGAGAGAAGACUAAUACAGAGUUGAUGUGUUACUCAGACUCUGAUUGGUGUGGAGACAUAGUUGACAGAAAAAGUACUUCUGGAUAUUUGUUUAAGUAA